UAGGCGAUCUUUGAGAAACAUCAUGCUGCUAUUGUUUACAAUUUUGGAACUCUUCGUCUAUUCCAAAGCCUUCCUCAUCGACGGUGCUUCUUCUGCAACAUGCACCGAUGCCAAACCAAUAUGCGACUUCAUGAAUGACACCUACCAGAUAUGUAGCGACUUCGAUCUAGCUAGAGCCCAUUGUCAGCUGUUCUGUAACCUCUGUGAUGUCGUUGACGGAUCAUGGUCAGAGUGGAGCGCAUGGGCAGCAUGUGACGUCACGUGUGGGACUGGAACUUCUUCACGCUUGAGACAGUGCAAUAAUCCUGCGCCUGUGCACGGUGGACACGACUGUGUAGGACAGACCUCAGAGAUCAAAUUAUGCAUAGACCAAAAAUGCCCUGAAACGUGUUUACCGGGCUGGACCCAACAUGGUCAGAUCUGCUACCACUUGAGCACAGAGAAAGAAAAUUGGCCUGGAGCUGAGUCGAUCUGCAGAAUGUUUGGAGGGACGUUGGCAGAGGCGAGGACGACCGCUGAACGUGAUUACAUAACCAGCGUCGUCAAACAUCAUUCAAGGAAGUAUUGGAUUGGUCUCAAUGAUCUAAGUCUCGAGGAUGAGUGGCGGUGGAUCGGGAGCGGAAAAUUGGCGGUGGCCACUCUCUGGUAUCCAGGACAACCAGAUAAUGACAAAAAUAACGAAAACUGCGUCUAUACGGACGGGUCACAUGACGGGAAAUGGAUAGAUGAACAGUGUCCUGACCAUUUUAAUUAUUAUAUCUGCGAAAAAAGGUUGGACGAGAUAAAUCAGUUCAGUUGAUGACAGCAGUAUCUCACUUUUGUAAAAAGACAAAAUAAAAUAAUCUUAUUCACAGCCACUUUAUCUUUAUUAAAGCAG